ACCUGAGUGCUUUGAUUUCCAGCUGUUUUCUGAAGAGAUGCUUCGGGUCUUCGAUCAGGCAGACAUCAGUACCGACGCAGCCCGAAAGCUCAUGUCCAUCCGGCAAGGAGGAAGCGUCGCAGAUUACGCCAUCUCGUUCCGAACACUCGCAGCAGUAAGUGGAUGGAACGAGACUGCCCUGGUGUCAGCCUUCCACCAUGGUCUGUCUGACCCCAUCAAGGACGGUCUGGCCUCUAUUGGAUGCCCAAGUGACCUCGAAACCCUCAUCUCACAUGCUAUUCGUCUGGACAACAGGAUGAGAGAACGCCACCAAGCCUUGAGCCCCCCCAGCCUCCCUACCUCUACCUGGAGACCGUCUACCUCCUUCAGUGACUGUCCAGAACCCAUGCAAGUGGGUCGUACUCGCCUCUCCGCAUCUGAGAGGGAGCGCAGAAGGAGGGACAAGUGCUGCAUCUACUGUGGCAAGCCUGGUCACUUCCGAGCAUCAUGUCCCGAACUCUUGGGAAAAGGACCGCCCCGUCCAGCCGAGGGAGGGUUGUGACGGGGCCUACCCUCUCUCCCGGACUCCCUGGCCAAGGAAUCUACAUCCCGGUCUCCAUCUCCUGGGGUGAGUCUGUCCACUCUUGUCAAGCUUUGAUAGACUCAGGGGCGGCUGGGAACUUUAUGGAUAUUCACUUCGCCCAAAGCAUCAAUAUUCCGACUGCACCUCUUGAAGUCCCACUGUCUGUGUCUGCCCUCGAUGGCCAAGCAUUAGGUGAUGGAAGAGUCACCCAAGUUACUUCUCCAGUUUUCCUCCAGUCUCAAGGUCACAAGGAAGAAAUAUCCCUGCACCUGAUUCCUUCACCUGAGUUCCCAGUUAUUCUAGGCCUUCCUUGGCUUACUCGCCACAACCCUCGCAUAGACUGGGUAACAAGCCAGGUUGUGGAAUGGGGCCCUGCAUGCCAUGCCUCUUGUCUGCUCUCUAGCUCUCCUGUGUCUCCUGCCGAGCCCCCUGAUCUCACCGAGUUAUCUCAAGUUCCCACAGAGUACUGGGAUCUCAAGGAGGUAUUCAGCAAGAGCAGGGCCGCCGUUCUUCCUCCGCACCGGGCCUACGACUGUGCCAUCGACUUGCUCCCUGGGACUACCCCUCCUCGUGGCAGACUGUUUUCACUCUCUCAGCCAGAACGCAAGGCCAUGGAGGAAUACCUCAAAGAUGCCCUGGUCUCUGGGUUUAUUCGACCCUCCACUUCACCUGCUGGAGCCGGCUUCUUCUUUGUCGGCAAGAAGGAUGGGGGGCUCCGACCAUGUAUUGAUUACAGGGGCCUGAAUAAGAUCACUGUGCGCAACCGAUAUCCCCUUCCGCUGAUGUCCACAGCUUUCGACCUGCUCCAAGGCGCCACCGUCUUCACCAAGUUGGACCUACGGAACGCAUACCACCUCAUCCGUAUCCGACAGGGAGACGAGUGGAAGACUGCCUUUAACACCCCGUCUGGGCACUACGAAUACCAGGUGAUGCCCUUCGGACUCACCAACGCACCAGCUGUUUUUCAGGCCCUAAUCAACGACGUCUUAAGGGACAUGAUUAACCUAGACGUUUUUGUCUACCUCGACGACAUCCUUAUCUUUUCCAAGACCGUGCAGGAGCACCGCCACCAUGUCCGCCAGGUUCUCCAGAGGCUGCUACAGAACAAUCUGUUCGCCAAGGCCCAGAAAUGCGAAUUUCAUGUUCCCGAGGUCUCCUUUCUGGGAUUUAUUGUACGGACAGAUGUGGCCUCCAGAGGGCUGAAGGCUGACGUGUUUCUGAGGAGUGAGACUUGGUUGUCAGGACCUGCAUAUCUUCUGCAUCCUGAGCAGGACUGGCCUGUGAGUCCAGAUUGUUUGGGUGAACUUUUGCCAAACGAUCCAGAAGUCAAAGUCAGUGUUGCAGUGAAUGCGGUGCAGACCUCAGAGGACGUGGAUGCAACCACUCGGCUGAUCCAUUAUUUUUCCUCUUGGACCCAUUUGAGAAAGGCUGUGGCUUGGGUUAUUAGGCUAAAGAACUUGCUGCGGUGUCUCAGCCAGAGGAGGAAAUGGUCUGAUGCAGCCUCCAUCCAGUUUGACUCAUGGGAGCAACAAAGAUCUUCCUCCGAGCAGGAAAAUGGAGUGUUCAAGGACCUGGCAUUGAGAGGUUUGCUCACAGUAGAUGAGUUGCUGUAUGCUGAAAAGGAAAUUAUCAGAUUUUGCCAGAGGAAGAGGUUUCCUGAUGAACUCUCCAGUCUACAGAGUGGCAGAAAUGUGAAGAAGAAUAGUUACAUCUUCAAGCUCUCUCCGGUGCUGGAAAAUGGGUGCAGACCAAUGAACAAUCCGGGGGAGCUUCGCUUGGAUAGGGGGACCUCGGACGAGGAUGAAGCAGAGUCUUCUGGUGAAUUGACUACCAGGCCUCCUGAAGCUGAUGAAGAUGAGCCUGAGGACGUUCCUCAGAAUUCUGAGGCAACAACUGCUUCAGAAGCGUGUCAAGCUAAGCGCCAAAGAAAAGGUCGAAAGACCCAAGUCAUGGAAGCGCUCGACAAAGGCUUGGACCGGCUGUGUCAGCAAGACAAUGCCUAUGAAUGGGAGCGCCUACAAUGGGAAAAGGAGGUGGAGAGAAGGCGUCUGGAGCUGGAAAACAGAAGGCUGGAGUUUGACAUUCAGAGGAUGGAAGCCGAUGAAUGUAGGGCGAGGGAGAACAGGGAGUUCAUGCUGCAGCUCUUCCAGGUCCUCAGACCCCCAGCUCCAGCCCCCUUCCCUUACAUGCUACCACAUAUGCCACCGCAACAGCAUCCACUUCAGCCACCCCAACAAGGCACAAUGGAGCCCUACCCUACAGCCCCUGGACCCCCAGCUCCAGCAGCACAUCAGGUGCCAUAUUAUGACACCCCUAAGAGGCAGUUCACUUACGCUCCCAGUCUCAGGUUUGAUGUUUAA